AUGGAAGCGCUGCUGCUGGGCGCCGGGCUGCUCCUGGGCGCCUACGUGCUCGUCUACUACAACCUGGUGAAGGCCCCGCCGUGCGGAGGCCUCGGCAGCCUGCGGGGUCGCACGGCCGUGGUGACCGGCGCCAACAGCGGCAUCGGCAAGAUGACGGCGCUGGAGCUGGCGCGCCGCGGAGCGCGCGUGGUGCUGGCCUGCCGCAGCCGGGAGCGCGGGGAGGCGGCCGCCUUCGACCUCCGGCAGGAGAGUGGGAACAAUGAGGUCAUCUUCAUGGCCUUGGACUUGGCCAGUCUGGCUUCAGUUCGGGCCUUUGCCACUGCCUUCCUGAGCUCGGAGCCACGCCUGGACAUCCUCAUCCACAAUGCUGGGAUCAGUUCUUGUGGCCGGACGCGUGAGACCUUUAACCUGCUGCUGCGGGUGAACCAUGUUGGUCCAUUCCUGCUAACACACUUGUUGCUGCCCCGCCUGAGAAUGUGCGCUCCCAGCCGAGUGGUGGUGGUGUCCUCAGCUGCCCACCGCCGUGGGCGCCUGGACUUCACAAGACUGAACCGCCCAGUGGUGGGCUGGCGACAAGAGCUGCGGGCAUAUGCUGACAGUAAGCUGGCCAACGUACUAUUUGCCCGGGAGCUUGCCACCCAGCUUGAGGGCACUGGUGUUACCUGCUACGCGGCCCACCCAGGACCUGUGAACUCAGAGCUGUUCCUGCGCCACCUUCCUGGAUGGCUACAACCUGUUUUGCGCCCACUAGCUUGGCUGGUGCUCCGGGCACCCCAAGGGGGUGCCCAGACACCCCUGUACUGUGCUCUGCAGGAGGGCCUCGAGCCCCUCAGUGGGAGGUACUUUGCCAACUGCCAUGUGGAGGAGGUACUUCCAGCCGCCAGAGAUGACCGGGUAGCUCAUCGGCUAUGGGAAGCCAGUAAAAGGCUGGCAGGGCUUGUCCCUGUGGAGGGUGAUGACCCUGAUGAAGAUCCCCACCCUGAGGAUCCAGAGACCCUGCCUUCUCCAAGUGCUCCCAGUCCCGAGGAGCCCACAGUUUCUGGACCUUCCCUGGGCCCUCGGAGCUCACCAGACUUGACUAAAUUGACCCAGAGAAUUCAGAUGAAAGCUGAGUCUGCACCCUAACCCCAAGGCUGGGUUGUUCAUAGAUCUCCAAGGUGCCCUCCCCAAAACCUCAGCUGUGUGCCAGGCUACCCCCUGGACAGCUGUUUCCCUGGUGGAAAGAAAGAAUGGAUAGCUGCAUCUUCCUGAAAGGGUCAUUAACUCUAGAUUCAGAGGUAAUAGGAGAAACACUGUACUUCUCUGGAAUUUGAAUUUCAGGAUUUCCAGGCCCUAGCUGAAAGGGGAUAGGGCCAGGGAAUGUGAUUGAUGCACUGCCAACGUUGAGCAUUACUAAACUGAGCCCUUUACAAAACCCAUGUAACUAGGUAGUUCAAUUUCCCCCAUUUUACAGUGGUAGGAUUAGGGAAGAACUAGUAACUGAUUUUUGAACCCAGGAACCUGAUGUCCAACCUCAGUGCUGUAAAGUGGCUGCCGGGGAGGUGGGGCGGUGCAGAGCACUGCUAAAGAUGUCCACGAGGGCGCCGUGGGGAGGGAGGGCGUCUUCCCGGGUGCUGCAGGGCUGUGCCCCGCGAUCCGGAGCCCCGUGUAAUAAAGCGAGCCGACUGCCAGCGCUA